UAAAAUUAUAAAAUUAAUGAAAAUAAUUGGGUUAUGUAUAGUGCAAUCCGAUUAAAAGUUUGCGUAGGAUUAUCCUUUUACAAAAGUAGAUGCAAAUGUAUACGAAUAUAUAGUAGUGUGCAAUUUUACACAUACAUAAAAUACAUGCGCCUAAAUGUAUGUACCCAUUUGCUUAGGAGUUUCAUGUGAAAACAAAUAUUUGAGCCGCAUAAAUAUUAAAUUUACAAAGUGUGUUGUGAAUAGGUGAAGAUUAUUUUAAACAUAUACAUAUGUAUAUCUUCGAACAUAUUAUUUAGAUCUGACCACUAUAGCAUUCAGCUAUAUGUAACUGCUAUACAAACUGACCGAUCAAAAUCAAGUCCUUGUAAGGCACACAUUUUAUUUGACAAAUUAUUUUCACGAAAUUUUACACAGUUUAUUGCCAAAGGCAAGACCACAAUCUCCGAAUCAAUUGCUCAGAUAGGGUCACUUUAGCAUAUAGCUACUAUUUAAACUGACCGAUUGAAAUCAAAACAAAGAGCUACCCUUUGGUGCUACAUACAUAUAUGAAAAGCACCUGUGAAGCGUAUUAUAGCUUCUACGCAGCUGAAGUCAAAGUUUUUUUUUGCAACUAUUUUUUAAAUAAAAGGUUUUGAAAUAAAUAAUAAAGCAACAAAUGAAAAUGUUGUUCCCACUAGUUAUAAUACAUAUGCUUAUUCCAUUUGUAUUGUAUUAGGCUUAUUGUUGUUAUUGUUUUGCUACAUACAUACAUAUGUACAUAUGUAUGUAAAUGUCUUCACAAGUAUAUAUGUAUUCGUUUAUGUGCUAAACAUGCAUAUACCUGUCAUUUCGCCAUACAAAUCAAAUGCUACUAAGAUGCUACUGAGAGCAGAGAUUUUACACUCAAAUCCAGCGGCAAGAGAGUAACUUUUCAUCAUUUGUUCAGCCAUUAAGGACAUGAUGCGAUUGUCGGCACCAUGCCUUCGUGAGUCCUUUGCUCAAAGACGUUUGUCGGGAUAAAGUACACAAGUGUGCGGUUUCCAAUAUGUUUAUGUGACUGUAACUAUAUGAAAUCAGACAGACAAGCAAAAAGCAGGCAGGCAUUUGGCGAAGUAGCUCAUGCAGUAAAUAUGUGGCAAAGUUUGUUGGAAACAUGUGCACUCGGUGGUUUGGUGUCCUUUUCGAAGGAUUUCUCGCAAAACUGUUAUUUAAAUAUAUUCUAUUUAAUAACAUCUAAGUGGUUGAUUUCCGUUACGACUUUAUAAUAAAAGUCACCGUGUGCACGGAUAUGCAUACCUACAUAUAGCUAAGUGCCAAAAACUGUACACUAAAAUUGUUUAAAGUGGGUUCAUUUAUAUAGUUCAAGAUUCAGAUAUAAAGAAAAAAUAUUUAAUUAAAGCAUUAAAAAAGAAGAAAAGAUAGUAAUAAUUAAUAACAAUUCAACAUUAAAUAUCGAAAAUUCUUUAAUCAUACUGUUGAGACAGCUUCGUACACAUAGUGACAUAAUCGGAUAAUUGUUAUAUUCACAAUAACAACAACAUAAUUCAGCUGUCAAUGAGUAUAUAAAAAGAUCCUGUGCAAUAUUAUAAAUUUUUUGCAUAUAUCGCUACUCACAAAUAAAACUAAUAAACAAACUUACAUAUUACAUAUAAUUGCUACGGGUUUUGAAUGCGCUUGGCGCUCAGCGUUUCGACGGUGCCAAGCAAUGUAUUUUCAAUAUUCAAAUAGGAAAUACAAGUAUUCAUUAUAAUCGCAAUGAUAAUGAAGCUAAAAAUAAAACUUCGCCUAAAUGAAGAAUGAAGAAACAAAAUGUUCGCACGAUAUCCUUGAUCGUGUGCACAUUUACAUAUUUACUAGUUGGCGCUGCUGUAUUUGACUCGCUCGAAUCGGAAACGGAAAAGCGGCGCUGGGAAGCACUGCAAGCUGUGGAAGAUAUGAUUAUACGAAAAUACAAUAUUUCACAAGAGGACUUCAAAGUGAUGGAGACAGUUGUGCUUAAGUCAGAACCACACAAAGCUGGUCAACAAUGGAAAUUCACUGGUGCAUUUUACUAUGCAACCACAGUGUUGACGACUAUCGGUUACGGCCAUUCUACGCCAAGCACAAUCGGUGGCAAACUCUUCACAAUGUGCUAUGCAAUUGUGGGGAUACCAUUGGGCCUUGUGAUGUUCCAAAGUAUUGGAGAAAGAGUGAAUAGACUGAGCAGCUAUGUUAUACAAGCAGUGAGGAAGUCACUACGUUGUAAACGAACUGCAGCUUCUGAAGUAGAUUUAAUAUGCGUUGUGACAACGCUGAGCUCUUUAACGAUAGCUGGUGGUGCUGCGGCUUUUUCACGCUACGAAGGUUGGAGCUAUUUCGAUUCAGUAUAUUACUGCUUUAUUACUUUAACUACAAUAGGUUUUGGAGAUAUGGUAGCUUUACAAAAAGAUAAUGCACUCAACAACAAACCGCAAUAUGUGAUGUUCGCAUUGAUAUUCAUAUUGUUCGGUUUGGCAAUUGUUGCCGCCUCGCUGAAUCUGCUAGUAUUGCGGUUUGUUACAAUGAAUACGGAGGAUGAACGAAGGGAUGAAGCACAAGCUAUGCAGUUUAUAACCAAGUCCAAUAUUUGGACAAAAGAGGCUUUACAAGUUGCUGUUAAAUUAGAAGGUGACGUCAUUACAGCAAAUGGCUCCAUUUUAAGUGGAUAUGAAGGUCAUGAAGUUCAGUCAAAUAGUAGUGGCUCAACUACAUCCAUGUGUUCAUGUAGCUGUGCACGUUUUAGUGCAAAUCGUCAUAAAACGCAUCAAUACAAAGCGCGUCGUUCACCCUCGCAUAUACGUCAUUUAUUGCCGGAAGUUGUACCAAUGCAGGACUUAAGCUACGAUACACACAGCCUCAAUGCCGACGGGCUCGAUAUCGUGGAUACAUCAUCAGUCUCGCCUUCGAAACCACACAGACAAUUACUCAAACGCAAUGUAUCGCUACUAUCUUUUCGUAUUUAAAAUACAAUUACUAUUAAUGAAAAUAAUUUAAGUAUUAUAGGUACAUACAUUAAUUAGUAGGUAUGCUUAAAUACAAUAAUUUUUUAAUCGCCGGUAAUUAAAGCUUUUCACAAUGCUUUGUUGUGUGCUACGUACAGGCGGUACCGCUGGGUAUGUGGUAUACAUGUUUAAACAUUUAUAAAUAGUUGUUGGGUCGCUACAAUCAAUCUGAAGUGUGCCUGCAGAGUAGACGUUCGAAGCCGAGCAAAGCGCAUAGCUGGCGAAAGCGGUAAAUCAGCACAGGCACCGCAGAGUUGACGAUGCUCAAAAUUGCAGCCAAAACUGAUCAAUGCGAGAAACCUGUUUUGAAGGGUUUUCCGGCGCUGACUUGCGUGUUACAUAUGUAGUUCAUUUGUAUAUCGGUAUGGUGAUCUCAAAUUUUGCUUACAAGGAAUUACCAUGAAUGUGAUAGAACAAUAUUUAGUAUAUCCGCUAUUAAUAUUUUCAAGGCCAAAUUUAAAACGAAAUUUCCCAAUUUAUUUAUUAAAUAUCCGCUAUUAAUAUUUUCAAGGCCAUCUAUCGUGAUGUAAUAAAUAUCCCUUUUUUCCGCCCUAUUUUUUAGAUUUUUCUCACAAAAUAUUCAUGAAUUAACUGUAUAUCUUACUUUAAAUACAAUUAUAUUCGAACUAACUUCCGAGGAAACAGAACAGGACAGUAUAAUAGCAAAGAACGCGCUGAAUCUUGCAUUCACUGUGCGAUACCUAAAAUUGAUAAGCGCUGAUCGAAAUCAGUUUUGCGCUCGAUUGGCAUUUGAGCGUCCACUUCGCAGGCACCCUAAUGCAGAUUACAUUAUGCACUUUCUGCGCUUCAUUUGCGAAUAUGUAUGUAUGUAAAUAUUAAAGAAAAUCUUAAAGAAAAUACUUAUAAUUAGUUAGGUAGGUGUAAAGCUUAGCGAAAGCCUAUCAAUUAAUAGAUUUCCGUAAUAUUAGCAAUUCAGAUAUUAAGAACUUUUGCUUAUCUUAAAGGCUUAGGGUAUUCCGCGCUUUAUUAUGAAGCCCAUUAAAAGAUUUUUAACUUUUUAUUUUAGACUUUGGUUAUUAAAAUCUUUCAAAAUUAGUAGCAAUGCUAAGUAAUUAAAACAUUUUAAUUUUUUUCUAAAUACAUACAUACAAAAAUACUAGAAAUAUUAAGCCAUCAGUAUCUUUCUUUAAUUUACAAAAAUAUGAGAACAGUAUGCACUAUCUACUUAUGUUGUUAGCUAAACGCGGUCAUUUGUAUUAUUUCUUUGCACAGACACAGCAAUAAUUUCAAUGAAUUUGAUGAUUGAUGAAAAAGGACCAAAUUAGGAGAAUCACAUGAUAACCUAUAAAAUCUCACAUAAAUUCAUGUUUGUUACAAAAGAAUCAGUGGCGUAGCUAGGAGGGGCGAAGGGGGCCGUCGCCCCGGGCGCAACGUCUUGGGGGCAGCAACACGA